GUGCCCACUCAAGCAGGUAGCACUGGCUCACUGCCCACUCCAGUCCGAACAACCAACUACCAUCAACAACCAAAACACCCACCAUGUCAGACAACCAACAAACAACUUCAUCCCGAUGGUUCUGUCAUGCUUGCGAAGCUUAUUUCCGUCAACCGGUCGACCCUCAAGACCCUCAGUGCUUAAACUGUCACUCGAGCUUCGUAGAAGAGCUAUCCUCCUCCUCAUCUAACUCUGACCCACAACCCAACCACUGGUCGCAUUCUCAUCACCAUUUCAUCGAUUCCUUCCAAGAUGACGAUAGUCCCCCGAUCCCGAGUACCAGACAACGAUACGAACAACAGCAGAACACUCGUCAUCAACAACAGCAGCAACAAGCCAACCGACAGCCACUCCAUCAGGCUCCUUUUAUCAACCUCAUCGACCCCCUCAUCAACAUCCUCUCUGCUCCCUCGAUCCCCGAUCCAGCCGAUCAUGACCAGCCUCCCUCCUCCUCUCGUCCUACUCCUCCACAUCGAUCAGGGCCUAACCCAUUCAGUAGUAUAGGCGACUUCCUUGCUCAGCAUUACUCACCUCAAACCUUUGGAAGCCCCAAUCAUUUCUCCAACCGAUCAGCCCAGGCUGACGUGGAUACCAGCAAUAAUAACACCGCCACCAGCAACAACCAACACAGUCCGAAUCCUUCCACUAGUCCUCGUCAAGCUGCUCAGGAACCAGCAAGACCAUCAGCUGGUGAACGAGCCCCAACCCAGGAUGGCUUCACCUUCGCCACCACCGCUAACCCACCCCAACAACCUCUCAAUGGACUCUUAUCUUUACUUCAGUCUGCCUUUGGCCUGACUCCCUCAGAUAGCGCAGCCCCCGAAAACGAGCGUCGAACGGCAGAGAGCAAUCAUGCUGGAGACAGCCCAGCAGCCGAAAGAGCUACUUCAAACAGCCAGCCCCCAUCACCAUCAUCCUCAUCCUCACCACCUUCAUCUGGAUCACCAGAAACUCGAGCGGGCAAUUCUGACGAAGAUCGACCUGGAGACGCUGGAAAUCGAACUCAUCCCCGUCCCACUCCGAGGUCACCUCGGGUGAACCUUGAGGAAUCCCACCCCUUACGCCAAUUCAUCAACAUUCUCAACUCGCUCAACCAGACCGAUAGCUCGAUGGGUCGGAACGGCGGCAUGAAUGGGUUUGUCUUCAACGGGCCCACCGGAGGCUUCGGCUUUACUACCCAGCUCGACAUGGAUCAUAAUGGCCCCUUCGGCCAGAACUUGGGCGAUUAUGUAGCCAGUGACUCGGCCAUGCAGGAUAUCUUGAAUCAGUUGAUCAAUAUGACGGGCGCUAAUGGCGGCCAUAAUCCUAUCCCCGCUUCUGACUCUACUAUCAAAUCAUUGAGGAAAUUUAAAUUCGAUGCUUCUUGUGCCGGGCAAGAAGAUUCUAUUGAAUGUGCAAUCUGUAAAGAUACCUUUACGGUCGGUGAUUCAUGUAUGGAAUUGCCCUGUAAACAUUUCUUCCACGAUGAAGAUUGCAUCGUCUUAUGGUUGAAGCAGAAUGGCUCGUGCCCGGUAUGUCGAUACUCACUUGUCAAUACCAACGAUAGCAGCGAGGAUAAUGCGGAAGAUGGAGACGGAGCAGAAGGGGAAAGAGGUGGAGGUGGAGGGGAUCGGAACGCUCCAGAAGCUUCGACGGCGGCCGACGACUCUCAGUAUCGCCCCGAUCCUGCUGAUUGGCUCGACCCCGACGGUUGGUAUGACGAGGAAAAUUACGAACCUCCGUUCGAUUAUGAUUGAUCCCCUUCUCCUCUUCCCCUGUUCUCUCACUGAAAUUCAAUCCCUUCUUCUUCUUCUUCUUUUCCUUCUUCUCGGUCAAUCUUCUAUACAUGAAUAAAAUAAAAUAAAAACAUCAAUAACAAAAAAACAGAUUCUUUUGACUGGAUUCUUCAUAGCACUUAUCCGAACUUUUCACAGCAUUUUCUGUUCACUGUUUUCACACCCUGCAACUCUUUUUUGGCUCAUUCCGUUGUCAUGUUACAUUACAUAUACAGAUAUUAUUGAAGGAGCAGGCGAUCAUAACAACACAUGUACUCACACACACACACACUCACACACAAAUAUUACUUGAUGUCCACAGCUAUCAAACCGUAGCCAUUGAAAUUAAAUCCCAUUUAACACCAGUCACAAGAAUGUUAAGAAUAACCUUGUAGAUUGUACAUGAAUAUAUAUGAAGAUGUGUGCCCAAGAAAUUCAUUGUGCUUGUCCCUCUUACUUGGGUUCUUCCCUUCUUUUCUUUCCUCUGCUCUUUAA